GUUAGAGAUCAAGAGUGUCACUGUAGACGAUUAUACCAACUACACAUGUACCGCCUAUAAUUCAGAAGGCUCCUAUGAUGUAAACUUCACGCUUGGACCUCCUAUUAUACCUGGCGUUACCAGUAAACUUGAACAUUGUAACAGUGUCGAAAAGUGUUGCCAUUAUAACAUGGAUGAAGAACCAUUCUGGAGGUGAACCUGCCGGCUACACUGUGCGUUACCACGUCAGUGAUGCGCACAACUAUGAGUUUGUGGAUAUUGCCACCAGUAACUCGACGUCUACAACCAUAAGGAAUUUAACACCUGGCGCCGACUAUUCCUUUGCUAUUCUCGCCUACAACGAAUAUGGUCACUCCAACUUCAGUUCUCCUCCGAUCAGGGCCACGUUGCUCGGCGUUGUGGAAGAAGCAGCAAGCAGCAGCAGCAACAUAGAUAGCCAACAACCUCGGGUACCUCUACUGAUGCUGCUACUCAUCUCUCUGACGGCAGCGGCCCUUGUGGUUCUCAAUGUUGCGAUAAUUGUGUGUUUCGUUAGAAGACUGGCUCUUAAAAGAAAUAUGUCAGCUUCUUCAAGCAAAACAACGGCUUUAGAGAUUUAUACUCCAACUUCUAUAGCCACCGAAAACGGAGAUGAUCUUCCGUUAACUUCGUUUAACGAGGUUCCAGUCCAGGAAUAUAAGCCUCUAGAAAGCCAGACAAAAGAGGACUGUGAACAAACCAGCCUUAUCAGCCCACAUAUCACUGUAGAACCACCUGACUCCUCCAUCACUCCACCAGCUGCUACCAGUCCCAGGCCUAGAAGUAUAAGCCCGUUACUCAAUGAAGGGAUAAGUGUCCAAAGUGAUACAUAUAUUCAUGCAAAUGAUCAGUUGCCUUCUGAUGGUCUGGGAUCCAAAGCAAUGUUUAUAAGCUCUCCGAAGCUAGAGAAAAAGGCUUCCACGGAAGCGGCUGCUGGAGUGCGUUUAGACAAGCCGGAUGUUUGCCCAGUGACCAGUAGCAGUUGUGAACAUUUAUUGGUGCAUCAAAAGCCUUUUAAUCCGUAUUCAGAAGAUGAUCGAGAGUCUGUAUCAUCACAUCACAGCAGCAGCUCUCAAAGUUACGUAUCAAGGCAAACUCGCCCAAAAUAUUACUCUCCCUGCCAUUCACCAUCACGAUUGACGUCUCACGUUAUAUAUCAUGGUCAGCCACACAUCCAGCAACUAGUAGAGCAGCAGAACCAACAGCAGCAGUGGCAGCAGCAGCAGCAACAUAAGCUGCAACAGCAUAAGCUGCAGCUGCAGCAGCACGAGCACCAUAAUUAUCAGCAAAACUUACCUUGUUGUCAACAAACGUCGCCUCAUACGGACAAACAGAUGACAGCCUUACACCCAGUAUUGAAUCCUGCAAGACUCUCACCGUCUACUGUCAGCUGUUGUGAUGCCACAUGCAACCAGUCAUUUAUUCAAGAUGACGUGAAACUAAUGAGUAUGCAAAUGAAGUCAUUACAAAGAGAUCGGGAGGAGCUGCAGGAUUGGGAUGACAAUUGGCUAUAUGAAUUUAAUACCAACAAAUGCACAGAUAUAAAAAUCGGGAAAGGGCAAAGACGAGAAGAAACAGAUUACAGACAGGGAGAAGUGAAGACUGGAAACUUUGCUGAAACAAUGGAUUUCAAGGUGAGCAUACCUUCAAGCAUCUCACCUGGGGUACACAUCAACCAGAAAAUCGGUACAGGAAACGCGAAACUGACAAGUUUUAGGAGAAGCUUUCAGAGCCUCGACAAAGAGGAAUUUGCAAUGGAGUAUGCAGCACCAGUGUGGAACCCACAACUGAUUAAUCGAGCAAUGAAGCAACGGGAUUAG